ACAGCUUAAGUGAGCUGGCAGAACACUGGCUAGGGGGAGCUCGAUGGACCCUUUAUCAUAAAACUUGUGUUUUGUCUGAAACUGCUGGUAAUAUUAAUACCACAAUAGCAACUCACAUGCAUCAUCACAUUUCUCCCCAGUUCACACGAUCACCAGGAAACCAAUGUCUUGGCAUGAUAAUAUAGAAGAGCCUGCGGAUGAUUGCAAGGCCCGAAGGGACCACUGUGGUGUUAUUUAGUCUGAAUUCCUGUAUAAUGAAGGCCAUAGAACUUCCCCAAAAUAAUUUCUAUAGAAGAUCUUUUGGAGUAACUGGAACCAAAAUGGGAGCCACAAGGCGCCAUGGCUACGAACCCUUUAGCCAAGUUUCUGAAUCUUAUUCACUAUGCUGCACUGGAGCCAACCAAGAAAUACACAGAACCACAGACAGAGAGCCAGGAAAUUGGCUGGAACACCACUCCCUUGGUUAGUGUGGACCGCACCGACCGCAGACUGUACUUCCCGUGCCGGAACACUGAGAUCACCAAGUACAUGGCUGCCAUGUGGCGUCUGAAGGAGCAGAGUGAGAACAUGCAGUAGGGUGGUAGUAGCAAUACUGCUUCACUAGGCAGAACUACGUGGUGUUGGAGUGUCUAAGGAACGUUGCCAUCUUCUCGCUGCCACAAGUAGUCCUGGAGAUUUCUGAGCAAGGGAGGAGGAAUUGCUGGCUAGAUCAUACCUCCUGGUAGCCAACAGCAGUUACAGAAAUAAACCAUGUGAAAGUUC